GCCUAAAAAUAGUUAUGUGUGAUCUUGUUUGAUUCGUCUUAACAUAUAGAUUAUUAAUAUAUAAUUUGUAUAAUUUUUUAAUAUACAAAUUACAAGAUAAAAUGGAUUAAAGAAGUGCAUUGGAUGGUGUGCCAAAAGGUAAGUGGACAAACACAGUGGGACGGAGGGAGUACUACACAAAAGAUAACACUUAUAAAACUUAGUAUAAUAUAAACUUAUGCUAAUAUAACACAAAAGAGGGGGGGUUGUUGGAUUAAAAUUCCUUUUCUCGCCGCCAUGAUUGUUUCAGACUCCGAUUCGACUACCCCAUCGUCCAAUUCUCGCCAAGCCGAUCAAUCGGCCUCUGGUCGUAACCCCGGCCACACUCAAUCGUCCCAGCCGUCGCCGUCGGCCGUGCCUGGCCAAAAACGGCGUCGAUUGAGGAAGCAAUUCCCUUCCUCAACCCCGGUAGAUGAGGGCUCGAGGGUUAGAUUGGACGAAAACAUCAUGGCGCUGUGCCAUUGCCAGAUUACUGACCAGGGGUUCGCCGAUGCUACUGACAUGGUUGGACCUUCCAUCAAGGUCCUGAGACCUACCAGCACCCAAACCGCCCUAGACGCUCCUCGAGGGUUCUUCACGGUCCAUCUGGCGUCUUUAAAGAAGGGGCUGCGCUUCCCACUCCAUUCGUUGUUGAUCGAAUUCCUCAACGUAGUGGACCUCCUUCCUUGCCAGCUGGUCCCCAACUCUCACCGGUACAUCGCCAGUUAUCUGAGGUCCAGUAAACUCUUCGCCAGUGACAAGAAGGGGUCAACCAAAGACUGGAAGCCUUUCUUUGUUUUUGUUUCGACGGGGCCCGAAUCUCCUUUCACAGGUUCUGGGUGCCCUUCUUCCCGUCGCAUCCCAUGCCCCCCGUCUGAUGCCACCCUAUUGUCCAUCACUCGCCAACUCUGCAACAAGGGAGUCAUGAGCAUCAAAGAGGUGGUGACAGAAGAAACCCUUGCCGGGUUGGGGUUUGAGUUCAUCCAGGAUGAGCUUCGUCACCAACCCGACCUGCUGAGGGACAUUCCCGGGGGGUAUAAGCCUGACCAGCUGAGGGACAUUCCUGAGGAAGUUGAAUUACAGGAUUCAGGAGAAGAGAUGGACGUCGAUCUCCUGCUCAGUCGUUUCACAGCAGGGAGGAAGAGGAAGAGAGAGGCAAAGAGCCAAGGCAAGCGCUCUUCCUCCCACCGAGAGGAGGAGGAGAGUCCUCCUCGAGAGCCGGCUGUGGUUGUGGUGGAGGACCAGGAUGACGCUGCCCUGGAAACGGGGGACGUGCAGCUGGAGACCCUGAUCACUCUGCCCGCAGAGGACCAGGCCCGCAUCUCAGCUGGUUCUGAGGACGACCUUGACAACAUGGCCACGUUGGGGAUGAUUGAGGUGGUCGGCAAGAAACAAAGCCGUCAAGCUGCCUUAGAUGAAGCGAUGAGAGUAGCGGAGGCCAAGCAGAAGGAGCUGCAAGAAGAGGUCGCCCGCCUUACGAGGGAGCUGGAAGAGAAAGAGAGUCGCUGCGCUGCGCUCGUUGUGGAGAAAGCCUCCCAGGAGGACCGUUGCGCCGCUCUUGAGGCAGACAAGGCCUCCUUGUCCUCGGAGUGGUCAUCGGUGAAACCGCCGCCGGUUCCACCAAACCCUUAUGAUGAUUUCAGCGAGGCGUACAAGGCUCUCUCUGCCAACCGCCUGCCUGACGGGCGAAUUGACUGGGAUGCCCCAUGCCCCCUCCACUCGCUGCAAUGCAUGGCCUGGGAGAGCUUCCACGAUGAGCACUUACCCCUCUUAGAGCAUGAGUGCGCAUAUUACGCGAGUUUGGAGCGAUGGACCAAUGAAAGUCGCACCAGCUCACCGGUGAGACCUAAGGACGAGGUUGUGGUGGGGGAAGAACUGGGUUCUUCCCUGCCUCGUCCAGCUAGCCGCUCUCCUCCCCGGAAGGCUCCUAGGCGAUCUCGUGUAGCUCGCCCAGCCUCAAGGUCUGCUUCCUCCUCAAGGUGAUGCCGAUUGGGGCUCAUAGAAAAACGCAAGAGAUUAUCCUUGAAAUGUAAUACACAUUUUCAUAAAUGUAUUUUGAUGUU